AUGCCAGGAAGGUCAACCACUGAGGCUAUUUAUGUUUUAAGGAGACUAAUAAAAAAAUAUAGGGAGCGAAAGAAGGAUUUGCAUAUGGUUUUCAUCGACUUGGAGAAAGCGUAUGAUAACAUAUCACGAUGCAUAAUCUGGGACAACCUCAAGGUUAGAGGUAUUUCAUCAAGGUACAUUGAGGCUAUACGAGAUAUGUAUGACAAAACAUCGAUUAACAUUCAGACACUGGUAGGGAUGACAAAGCCUUUCCCAGUUAAAGUAGGACUAUAUCAGGGAUCGACAUUAAUCCUUUUCAUUUUUACGGUUAUUAUGGAAGAGAUUUCUAAAUCUGUAUGGGAGACGGUACUGUGGUGCAUGUUAUUCGUUGACGAUAUUAUAUUGGUAGCAGAAACUAAAGAUGAAGUUAAUAAUAAUUUCAAAGAGUGGAGGGAAGUUUUAGAAGGACAACGCCGAUUGGGGAGACAAAAGUGUCCAUCGGUGAAGAAGUUGUUACAAGUACGACCAAAAGCAGGUAUUUGGGAUAGAUUAUUCAGAGUAAUGGGAAUAUUGACGGAGAUGUUACUCAUCGAAUUAAAGCAGGCUAGCUCAAGUGGCGAGCAGCCACAAGAGUGCUAUGUGAUAGGAAGUUCCCAAAGGAAGACUUUUGACGCUCCCGUGAGGAGGAUAGAAAGCAUCAUAGUAGAAGGAACAUCUCUUGAUCUUUUGAGUCGAGGGACUCUUUGGCCGCGUUCUUCUUUAUGGGUAUGA